ACCUCAAUCCCCCUUACCAGACAAAGCCGUCAACGUCAAUAGAAAAAAACCUGAAAAAAAAUGUGAAUUCCUGGGUUUCGUGUUGCCUUUGAUGUUUUUCCCAGACGUGCAAAACCUCGAAGAUACUUAUCCUCGACAUUCACGCAUCCCCAAUUCGAAAUGAGUGGGAGAAUGGAGAGAAGGGUUGUGCGCAGAAUUGUCAGAGUAAUGGGACAUGAGAGAAUAUCUCUUGAGUUUGUGCCAUUGCGCACUGGUAUUUUAUUAUCACAAUUUCUGUGGUAUUUCCAUGGGGUUACAAACACAAUCGAUAUUCCUGCGUGUUGGUAUUUUUCAAGGGAAAAACACGGCAGUACGCGAGUGACAUCCAAACAGUGAACACCUGUCGUGUUUUAUUUCAUUUAUUUUCUCUAAAUAGACUCGCCCUGGGGUGUUUGAACUGUUUAAGAUGAUCAUUAAUAUUGUCCAGGGAUAGCUUUUCAUUUUUAUAGAAAAAUUUUUUGCGUCUAAUGGUUUCAAUUUCACGAAAAUCGAGGGAAAUAGAUAGUUGGACUCGUCCAGAUCAUCUGAUUGCUCUCCUACCAGUUCUCCAGGCAAUGUGCAACGUUAAAAAAAUAAUUUCAGUCGUAAACAUCAUAACCGAAGGGUUUUUUUGUGUUAACGAAGAGUUUAGAAAUGUCUUACAAUGAUGGCGGUCGUUCGGUACGUAAAUCAAGCUCGAAAACGCCGAAAAAUUUACGAGUGACUUCUAGUGAUAACGGGAGUAGGGCCAUCACCACGAUAAACACGUACAAUGGACAGAGAAAUAUUGUCGAGGGCCGUCAUCCCUCUGUACACAAGAGAAAUCUCUACGUCGUUUCGUUUCCACUUAUUCUUCUGUUCAAUGUUCUGAGGACACUUUUGUACCAGUUGUUCAUUGUUUUCAAGUAUAUUUAUGCCUCGACGAGUCAUCUGAUUCAGAGGAGGCACGCAGCUGCUGCUGCCAGGGGUCAGUGUCAUCUAGAGAUUGUUGUUGGAAGUGAGAGAGGACUUAAGGAGGAAAUAUUAGUUGUGGAUAAAGAGGAGAUGGCUAAUUUACCAAGGAGAUCAGGACCUGGACCUGCUGAUCCUCUUCUUGCUAAACAGAAACAUCAUCACAGGCGGGCUUUUGAAUUUAUCAGCAAAGCAUUGAAGAUUGAUGAGGAGAAUGAAGGGCACAAAGAGAUGGCCAUAGAACUGUACAAAAAAGGAAUUGGUGAAUUGGAGAAGGGAGUUGCAGUCGAGUGUUAUGGAGGUCGUGGUGAAGUAUACGAACGUGCUCAGAGGCUGAAUGAAAAAAUGAGAGCAAAUCUAGUAAUGGCCAAAGACAGACUCGACUUUUUGGCAAGUGUUUGUGCACUGAAAAAACUGGAUGUUAAUGAUGAGACACAUGGAAGGGAAGAUACUCCUCAUGAAACGUCUAGUUAUCAUGGGAUUAAUAAUUCAAGGCUGAGAAAAAAUAUUAAAAAUCAUUCACGUACUGUCAAUCCAUUGAUUGACGCUAAUAACAGUAGGGAAAGUAAUAAAAUACAUACGACACACAGUACACAGACACAUGUGAGACUGAUGGAGAGGCCUGGAAAAAUAAUAUCACGUCCCUCUGAAGCCUUAGGCCGAAAGCUAGUCCCAAGCAAGCGUCACGCAGGGUCAACAAUAACCAAAAGCCAAACGCUACCCCGAAGUAUGGGUAGAUCCCCAACAGCCCUUCCAUGCCAUAGAACAGCGGCAUUAAAACCCAGUUCAACCCCACCAUCCAUCCGUCGUCAGCUUUCAAUUCCUGGAUCUUCCUCACCAAUUCGUCGUCCAGGCACACCAGGGAGUUCAAAUACAUCGGCCAGAGGGACUCCACGAAAGGUACCUCUCCUAAAAGGAGUGGAUCCUAAAUUGGCACAAGUGAUUCUCGAUGAAAUUCUAGAGGGAAGUGCAGCUGUACAGUGGGAGGACAUAGCAGGCCAAGAAGUUGCUAAGCAAGCACUUCAGGAAAUGGUGAUUCUACCGUCAUUGAGACCAGAGCUGUUCACAGGCCUGCGAACUCCUGCCCGAGGAUUGCUCCUGUUCGGUCCACCUGGAAAUGGAAAGACCCUACUAGCUAGGGCUGUGGCAACGCAGUGCAACGCCACCUUCUUCAGCAUAUCAGCUGCAAGUUUAACUUCCAAAUACGUCGGGGAGGGGGAGAAGCUUGUGCGGGCGCUCUUCGCCAUCGCCAGGGAGCUCCAGCCCUCCGUCAUCUUCAUCGACGAAGUCGACUCGUUAUUGAGUGAACGGAGAGACAACGAACAUGAGGCCUCCAGGAGACUCAAGACCGAAUUUCUGGUUGAAUUUGAUGGGCUUCCUUGCAGCCCAGAUGAGAGGGUCCUAGUGAUGGCUGCCACCAAUCGACCGCAGGAGCUCGAUGAAGCAGCUCUGAGGAGGUUCAGCAAGAGGGUUUACGUAACUCUGCCUGAUUUAGACACCAGAGUGAUCCUCAUGAAACGUCUACUGGGGAAACACAACGAUCCACUCAGUGAAGAAGAACUUCAGGAGGUGGCUGUGCUCACUGAAGGGUACUCGGGCAGUGAUCUUACUGGUCUAGCCAAAGACGCUGCCCUUGGACCCAUUCGAGAACUUAAUCCUGAACAGGUUAAGGCUCUUGAUCUCAAUCUCGUGAGGAAUAUCACUAUGAAGGACUUUUUGGACUCGUUGAAGAGAAUCAGGAGGUCUGUUUCACCUGCGAGUCUCGCUGGGUAUGAAAAGUGGAGUCUCGAAUAUGGAGACGUUAGUCUCUGAUUUAUGAAGGGCCCGUUCAAGGGCCGACGUAAUUCUUGAGACAAGUGGGUGGUAAAUUCAGUGAAUCAUUGGCAUUUUUCCAUGAGUAAAUGGUCUUCUGUUAUGACUCAUUUUUAAUGAUUGGUUGCAGAAUCGUCACAAAUUCGUUUUUAAUAUUUAUGUCGAGGGUAUUGAUGGAUUUAUGAUUAUUUGAUGGGGCUAUUAGUUGGGCGUCUUGAGAUUAAGUUUGAUUUGGCUCUUAUGACAACGAACGAAUGACUGACGUUUAUGAAAUUAUUUAUUAGGGUUCUUCUAUUUAUUUAGUCGUUAGUUUCGAGGAUUUUCGUUCGCAAAGGAUCGAUUGGGGUGUAUUAAAUUGUCAUUAGUUUCGUUAAUUAUCCGGUGAAUUUGUUCAGUUGGAAUUUUUUCUGCAUGCAGGCAUGUAGGGCGCCCUCCCCCUCCUCAUUCGCACGAUAGCGGAGGAAAUUUAUCAUUUGUAAUUGAGUGGAGUAAGGGGAUGUCUCCUUAAUCAACUUUGUUACAGACAAUCUUUGAAUAUAAAUAAUGAUACUGUAAUUGUACGUCAGCAUUCGAAUUCAAUUAGUCAAGUGAUACUUGAUAAAUUGUGAAUGUGAUAUUUUAAACGAAUAAUGUAACUCUAUUAUUCCAAUUAGUAGUCGCUAUUAUUGCUAUGCAACAUAAAAAUGAGUACAAAAUGCAAGGCUGUAACAUAAAAAAUGUUGAAGUUUUGGUUUGGAAAUUUUUGUUAAUUCGAUGCUUCGUGUUUUGAUUGUUGAUAUAAUGGAGUCAAGACUUCUUCGAAUUAUCCAAGAUUAUUAUCAUGUAUAUAAGGAUAUUUCCAUUUUAUUUUCGCCGAAUAUAAAUCGCCUUGAGAUAGAACAAAAUGACACUAUCCAUUAUAAAACGCUCAAAUUUGUAUUUUCGAGGGCUAAUUGUCAGUUGACGAGUUCAAUCCACGUCCAUGAAAUUGAAAUAAUGAAAAUGAUGGAAAUGAUCGGUGAAGAAUAAUCGCCUUUUACGAUGGAUUAUCAAUAAAAAUUCAGCCUUGAUCUUGUUAUUUUGCUACUUUUAUAACAGCAAAUAAAUAAGUACAAUAAGGAACAUUGAUAUGAUGACGAUUACUCGAUGCUGUGGGCAUCCAUUUUAAUUGUUCGACAUUUGACCCAAUUGCCGAAUUAAACAGCUAAUGAGAUUCAUUGAAAUAGUUUGUUUAGUUGUCGAUAUCAGAGUCACUUCCACAAGGCAUCAGUUAAUCAGUAGAAAUUGUAAUAGUCUAGUCGCUGGUGCUCCACGAGAAUACAGUUAUAAUGAAUUAGCCAUGUACAUUGCCAGAUAUAGUAAAUCAUCGCAUUUUCUUUAGUUGUGAACUGAUGAUUAAUAAAUAAUUGUGUGAUUGAUAAUUAAUGUUUAUGCUUUUUAUGAAAAAAAAAAAUGAUGAGUGCACCUCUAUAAGUAAAAAAUGAAGAGAAUUGAAAGAAAAUGCCAUGUGUACUUUUAACAUUUAUCCCUUUUCCAAGUUUCAUGAAUAAGUCCAUUUUUAUUUACCACUUUUUCGUUUUUUAAUACAUUUUCUUAAGCUCAGGAGUUGUAACUAAUUAAGAAUCGCGUGAUUGAUAAUUAAUCUAUGAAUUUUUGGGGAGAAAUGUGCGUUUCACUGGGUGAAACAUCAGGUGAAUUGAAUAAAAACGCCAGAUGUAUUUUAAAUA